AUGAGUGGGAAUGACACGGUAGUCUGUGGCGGCGUCUUGCUCCCGCGUCGAGUCUGCUUGGCGCCAACCGCCGCACUCUGGUCGUGCUGCGGGCUCGGUGGCUACCACCACAUUGCGCCGGCCGCCUUGUGGCUCGUCUUUCUGAGCCUCACCGCGUGUGCGCAGUACCACUACAACCUCUUCCACGACCUCGACAGCACAGCCGACGAGCUUCACGACAUUCAGACCCAAGCUCUCGGUGUCGUUGUCGCGCGUCGGAAGCGCGUCAUCUUUGGCAAGUCGUACCGAGACCCGCGACGGCUGCUCAUGCUCGGCGCCAUGUGGAGCGAGCUCUUUGGCUUUAGCUACACACCUGGUCAGCUCGUCAUCUACCAACUCACGCAGUCCAACAUUGCGGGUCUCGUGUCUGGUCCUGUCCAGUUUGGCUUGUUUGCC